AGCAAAAGAAAACAAAACACAAUUCUCGCAUUUGGUUGCGAUAUAAAGGUACAAACGUAUAGUUAUCCGGAAAAUAGAGAUAAAGCCAAAUGCAGAAAGCAUGAUAUUUCCAGGCCGCCAGACACUUCUCCUGCUACUGUACAGCUAUAUGCCUCACUUCCUCUCUCUCUCUCUCUCUCUCUCUCUCUACAAUUCUGUAUAUAUAUAAGUAUAAUGCAUGCUUCAACAGUCAAUUCAUUCAUCUCCAGAUCUCUCUUUCAAAACCUUUUCAAUUACGACGAUUUCAUCCCCGAUUACGACAAUUCGAUCGAAGAUCGCGGCAAUGGAGGUAGUAGCGAAGGACGUGCGAUCGGCGGCGGUGCGGAUCGGCGGCGGCGUGGAUCAGCAGCGGACGGAUCUGGAAUCGGUGUGCGGGAAGGUGAGCGCGAUCGUCUCCGGCAACGCGGUAGUCGUCUUCACCAUCAGCGGCUGCUGUAUGUGCCACGUCGUCAAGCAGCUCCUCUUCGGCCUCGGCGUCGGUCCGACGGUCGUCGAGCUCGACCGCGAGGCCGCCGGUGGACCGAUCCUCUCGCUGCUGCACCGCAUCGGCGGCGGAGGCAAGGCUGUGCCGGCGGUGUUCGUCGGAGGGAAGUUUCUCGGCGGGAUCGAGACGGUGAUGGCUUGCCACAUCAACGGAUCGCUUGUGCCGCUCCUCAAAAACGCUGGUGCUCUGUGGCUUUGAUUCAUUUGUGCGGCUUAAUGAACUAACUAUUUUUACUGGUUAUUGUUAUUUGAUCAUGUAUGCAUGGAGAAUUUGUGUUAUGUUUAUGAGAUGGUCACAUAUUUCAUGUACAUAUAAAUCAUGUUGCUAUUGAUUAGCCA